AUGGUAACCAAAGAAGAAGAGGGUAAGCUUAACGUCUACAAGGGAGACACAGACGAACUGGGUUCGGCAGAAAAGUUCAUCAAGUCAUUGCUUAGCAUUCCAUUUGCAUUCCAACGUGUGGAAGCCAUGCUCUAUAAAGAGACUUUUGAUGAUGAAACUGCCCAUCUUAAAAAUUCCUUCUUAAUGCUAGAUGAGGCCUGCAAGGAGCUCAGAUCAAGUAGGCUUUUCUUGAAACUGCUUGAGGCAGUGCUCAAGACAGGAAACAGGAUGAAUGUCGGAACAAUCCGAGGAGGUGCCGAGGCAUUCAAGCUCGACGCUCUGCUCAAACUUGCUGACGUCAAAGGAACAGAUGGCAAGACUACCUUACUCCACUUUGUUGUCCAAGAAAUGGUUCGUUCAGAAGGAAUUCGAGUCUCGGAUAGCAUCACGGGAAAGAUUGAUCAGAAGAGCAAGAACCGAACUGCCAAAGAGAAGGAAGAGGACUAUCGAAGAAUGGGGCUCGAUCUCGUGGCUGGGUUAAGCACCGAGCUAUACAAUGCAAAGAGGACGGUCACAAUCGAUCUGGAUGUGCUCGUGACCUCGCUCUCGAACUUAUCAGAUGGGUUGGCUAAGCUGAAAAGGCUAGUGAAUAACGACUUGGGCACGGACGAAAAGGGUGAGAAAUUCAUCCACUCGAUGAGAUCGUUCAUAAGCUAUUCGGAGGAGAGCAUGAAGGAGCUGAAGGAAGAUGAUGACAGAGUGCUUUUGCAUGUCAGGGAGAUCACAGAGUACUUCCAUGGAAAUGUGAGCAAAGAAGAGGCCAACCCACUUCGCAUAUUUGUGAUCGUAAGGGACUUCUUGGGGAUGUUGGAUCAUGUGUGCAAAGAGCUGAGAUGUCUCAAAGUCCCUAACAGUUCCAACCCUCUCUCUCCUUUCAGAUAGAUCAAAUUGAGAUUUCAUGCUCUUUGCCUGUGUUCCUUGUGUGUGAUCUGUAAGUGCAUUCACUAGGAAUUAGGAUUGUAACACAAAUUUUCUCAGUGUGUGUAGAGUUUUGUACCGUUUAGAUUGACAUUUAUUAACUUCAAACCUUUUAUA